GACUGUACAUCCGGGUUGGGUCAGCUGACCGCAGUCACAUGACUCAGGCCGGAGUGUGAGAGAGAGAGAGAACAUGCCGGGGGUGUAUGGUGGGGUGGAGGGAGGAGGAACGCACUCCAAAGCCAUCCUAAUUGCAGACGAUGGGCGGAUCCUGUGCGAGACAGAAGGGCCCUGCACCAAUCACUGGUUGGUCGGCACAGACAAGUGUCUCGAAGCGAUUAAUACCAUGGUGACGGAAGCUAAGGAGAAAGCAGGGCUGGACCCUCGGAUUCCCAUCAGGUGCCUGGGUAUGUCCCUGAGCGGCGGUGACGAGAAGGAGGCUCUUGAUAAACUGAUUGCAGAGAUAAGCCAGCGGUUUCCCCAACUCAGUGAAAACUACUAUAUCUGCAAUGAUGCCAUGGGAGCUAUGGCUACCGCUACAAAGCUGGGGGGAGUGGUGCUGAUCUCAGGGACUGGAUCCAACUGCAAAUUGAUGAACCCAGAUGGCUCAGUGGCCGGCUGCGGGGGCUGGGGUCAUCUGAUAGGAGAUGAGGGAUCGGCGUACUGGAUUGCACAUCGGGCCAUGAAGAUCGUUUUUGACACCAUUGACCAUCUCGUGGAGUCACCCCACGACAUCGGCUAUGUGCAGAAGGCCAUGUUCAACUAUUUCCAGGUGUCUGAUCGUAUGGGCAUUCUCCCACAUCUGUACCGGACCUUCGAGAAGUCCAAAAUAGCAGGAUUCUGUGUGAAGCUGGCGGAAGGUGCUAACCAGGGGGAUGAACUCUGCCGCUCAGUAUUUCGCAGCGCUGGUGACAUUCUCGCCCGUCAUGUUGUGGCUGUGCUGCCGAAAGUGGAUGAGGUCCUUUUCCAGGGGGAGCUGGGUCUUCCGGUGCUGGCUGAGGGGUCUGUGUGGAACAGCUGGGAUCUUCUAAAAGAUGGAUUUAUUGAGGCCUUGAGCAAGGCUCGGAACAGCCCGCGUGGCCCCAGUCUAUCCCGGUUCAGUCUUCUGAAGCUCAAGCGGUCGUCCGCUGUGGGUGGAGCCAGCCUCGGGGCCAAGCAUAUAGGUCAUGAGCUGGCUCUCAGCUACCAGGACAACGUCAAUGUCUUCUACACUCACUCGUUUACAUAGGCUCUGCGUCGUGGUGUUGUGUACAGAAUACAACACUGGGUGCAUGGAUUCCCAGGCACCAACAUAUCCCACGAAAUCAGAGCUGCAUAUAUGAUCCAUGCAGUAACACCAAGUCAGGGUGCUGUCCUCCGUCACUCCUUGCCGUACGGCAUUUACCAAUCGCAGGCUGCUAACUGCAAUGGCUGCCAAAGCUUGAUAAACACUCUUAUUUGUACAUUAGUUAGUAGGUAACUGCUUGUUAUGGAAAGGAUCAUGUAGAAAGGUUACUAUAACAAAAUGGAGUCACUCAGAUACAUUUUUAGUAGAGAUGUACGAGUUCGAUUUAAAAAAAAAUAAAAAAUUCCCCCUCAGUUCUUAACACCAAAAUUAACGCGAGUUCGGAUUUAUCGUGUUUUUUUUUUUCUUUUAAUUGGCUAUCCAAAACACAUGACACCCGAGAACCAAUAAGAUUCUGGUUUGAGAACCGAUUAGAUCUCAACCCGCAUAACUCUAAUUUUUAGUUACUCCUCGCCAGCCAAUCAGUUUGCUCUCAUCAUACCGAUUACUGCCUUGUCCGCGCCUCUUGGGAUGAAGGCACCAAUGUCAGGCUAUAAGUGACUCCUUUAUUACACAGUACUGUAUUUAAAAAAAAAAAAAAAAAUCUUUUAUAUUGUUAAAUAUUGACAUACCUUCGCUACAGGAAAACAAUUGUUUACAGGCAUUGUGUGGCCUAGAAUUCAUUCCUAUCUUUGUUAUUGUAAUAAGUCAUGUUCCGCGGUUUUCUACGUAUGGGGUUCUACUGAUGAAAUGAUUUUGUAAUCAUUAAGUUUGGUCUUAAGACUAAUAAAAUGCGGCGUAUAUGCAAAA